AUACUUGUCAGCUAUUUUCAGAUCUUACAUCAUGUCGCAAAAUUAUACCAAACAUGACAUAAAUGAUCUGAUGAAUAGAGGUUAUACUUUCGUGCUCAAUCCCAACGAUCAUGAUUACAUCAACAAUUGGUGUUACCACUCAACUUUACCUUUAUGCGUGUUGUUUAUAACCGAAGGGAUUUAUUCCGAUGAGAAGUGCGAGAAUCUGCUGAAACCCAACCAUGCAGUUAUAAUAGAAAAUUCUCCAGCUUAUGCAUUUAUUAACGAUCUCAAUGAUUAUUGGAAUAAUGGAAAUACAGAAAAGGAUUUUUCGAAAUGUACAUUCAUUCGAAAUUCACAUGUAGCACUUGGUUUUACCAAAUUAUUCGUUGGGGAAGGAUACCAAACGUUUUUAGUAUCAAAAAAAUCCCCUUUCGAACCGGGCUUUUCAAAUACAGUAAUGGAAUUAUUAGAAAGUGGAAUAAUUCAAUAUUGGGCUUCUAUAGAACAAAGGAUGAUUAAAAGAUAUGAAAAUGUCAUAAAUAAAUCUCGACGAGUCAGUAUGAAAUUGGAUAAACUUAUGUUUGCGUUCGAAAUAUGGUUUUUUGGUAUCGUAUGUUCUUUUUUCAUUUUCUUUUUGGAAAACCGAAAGUACCAUUGUCGAAACUAAAAUAAACAUUUUUUGUAUGUUUUUUUAAUACUUAAUGUAAUCGUAAAAACUACGAUUUAAAUAAAUUUGUGUUUUUUUUUU